AUGGGCCAAUUACUCUCAAAACACAAAUCCCAUUCACGGAUUACGGAUACAUAUCUGGCUAAACCGAGUGGCAAUUGCUGUCUCAAAGGCACAAUUCACAAAGGCAAAGCGCGUGGCAGAUGGGAAACAAUUGCAAAUGUCGAGACGUACAUAUCAGAGCCACCAUCAGCCAGCCAAAAAGCCAACGGAAACGUGAUCCUGUAUUUUCCUGAUGUGUGGGGUAUGUUUCCCAAUGGACUGCUCGUCAUGGAUGCUUUUGCAAGCGCGGGAUAUACGGUUCUUGGACUUGAUUAUUUUAGAGGUGAUCCCGUAUGGAAACAUCGCAAGAAUCGGCACGAUACAGCUAAUCCGGAUUUCGACUACGAGGCUUGGAAGCGGAAACAUACUGCAUUUGCCGACGAGGCGGUACCAAAAUGGGUAGCUACUGUCGUUGAUCGAUACAGGAAGGCGAACCCAAAGACCAAGUUUGCAUGUGUCGGAUAUUGUUUCGGCGCGCCAUAUGUAUGCGAUGAGUUGGCUAAAGAGCGAGUCACUGUUGGUGCGUUUGCACAUCCGGCGUUUUUGAAAGAGCAUCACUUCCGGAACAUACAAAAGCCAUUGUUCCUUUCUUGUUCUGAGAGAGAUCAUACCUUUGAUGUUCCCAGUAGGAGACGAGCACUAGAUAUUCUACAAGAAGGAAGCAAAACAUACCACUAUCACUUAUUUUCUGGUGUUGAACAUGGUUUUGCGUUGCGGGGAGAUCCCGACGAUCCUUAUCAGCGUAGUCUCACUUUCUGCAUCAUGACGCCUCCCCGAGCAUUAGAUUUCACUGGCGAUGUCGCCAUAGUAACAGGUGCUGGAUCGCGAAUGGACGGAGAAAUCGGUAACGGCCGAGCGACUGCGAUUUUACUGGCCCGCCACGGUGCAAAAGUAGCUUUGCUCGACUACAAUGUCGACUGGGCCAAAGAAACUAAGCGCAUGAUUGACCAAGAGGGCGGUAUCUCCGAGGUUAUACAAACGGACGUAACAAAGGAGGAGUCGUGUAAAGCCGCUGUGAACAAGACGCUGGAACUUUUCGGCACGGUGCAUAUACUAGUGAACAUCGUCGGAGUCGGCGGCGCCAUGGGCGACGCCACAGUCGUAAACCUCGAUGCAUGGGAGCGCGACUUUCGCAUCAACGUCACGAGCAUGGUGCUGAUGAGUCGAUUCGUGAUCCCCGAGAUGCGGAAGCAAGGGCGAGGAUCCAUCGUCAAUAUGUCCUCCGUCAGCGGCUUAUUAGGAGGUAACCCUAGUCUUCUUUACCCUACUACCAAAGGCGCCAUCAUCCAGAUGACCCGGGCGAUGGCGGCGCAGCAUGGAAGAGAGAACAUCCGUGUCAAUUGCGUUUGUCCAGGGAUGGUAUACACGCCUAUGACGCGCGGGCGCGGCAUGACGGAUGAGAUGAGAGAAGCGAGGAUUAACCAGAAUCUUAUGAAGAAGGAAGGAACGGGCUGGGAUGUGGGCUAUGCUAUAUUAUUCCUUUCAAGUAAGGAAGCAGGAUGGAUCACCGGAUUGAUCAUGCCUGUUGAUGGAGGCACAACUGCUGGAAAAGCUGACCGACCUGCCCUGAAGCCAGACACGUUAGCUGAGACGACUACGGGCGUGAGCAACUAG